AUGACAUCUCUGGUGGUUACGGCGACUACUUCGGUUGAGGCGGCAGAGUCGUCGACUGCGAGUACGGCGGAGACGGUGGUGGCAGCGGCAGCAUCGUCGGCGGAGGUAAUCGCUGUGCCGCCGUCGGUUGUGUCUGCGGCGGCGGCGGCUUCCACUCUGCCACUGGAGCCCGAGACCACCGAGAUCGUGGCCAUCUCCCUGCAGAUCCGUCGAGCCCUGGAAUGCCCGAUAUGUCUGACCAUGAUGUCUGUCAUGUCGUGCUUCUGCCCCAAUGGGCACGCAAUCUGCCAGACGUGCAUGCUGACGCUGUUGAACACCAGCGCGUUGGUGGCCAGCACCUUGUGCCCGCUGUGUCGGACUUUGAUGGUGCAGUCCUUGAGCAUGUCGGCCAUGGUGAUGAAACUGGCCGAGGCCACCCCGUUGGUGAAGGUGGCGUGCUCAAACUGGUCGUUCGGGUGCCCCGAUCUGGUUCCCGUUCGACACGUUAACGAACACGAGUCCGCGUGUCGGUACGUGCCAGACGUGCCUUGUUUGGUACAUGUGUGUCAGUGGGUCGGCAUGUACGAACAGCUGUACGAACACGUUUCCAACGUGCACCCUGAUGUCACCGUCGAGUCUUCGACAAACCUGCUGAACGUGACCGACCUACAUGCAAUUACAAGGAACCAGCGCCGGACGUACCUGGUCCGUUCAGAGUACGGCAUGAUCUGGGUGCUGGUAUCGCGGGCCACACGGUCGCGGAUCCAGACGGGACUGUUCAUGGUGAAGAGCACUCGGGACGACCAACACUCGACAUCGAACCUCGACCAAUAUCGAGGUAACCCAAGAUCACCGGAAUUAUUGUACCGGGUCACGUGGUUCGAUGGCAACGACCGAACCCGGACCAAGAGCAGGACGAAGCAGGUCUUCUGGAGUACGGCCCUGAAGGAGAGCUGCCACACCGCGUUCUUUCCCAACGCGUACUCCAUGUUCCGGUCCAGGUCGGGUCGCAUGGAGAUCAGUUGGUUCCGUCGGUACGUUAGCAACAGCCAGGUCCGAAACCAACCCUCAUCGACUUGA